CACUGUACUGCUGCCUGUGCUGAAGAGGGACACUCAGCUACUGUCAAGGAGCUGAAUUCCUGCAUUUGCAAAACAGCAGACAGUGAGGUUUGAUGGAGAUAAGUACUGCAUAGGGCUGGGGUGUCUCCCUGGGAUGCUGUGGCUGUUUCUUUGUUCCAGCUGAUGCCGGGGGCUGUUGGAGUGUUGCUCUAACACAUCACUAAAAUGAGUGAAAAGGAUGACCAAGGAGAUCCAGCAGAUAUGGGUGACUUAGCAGAAAGUGGAGAAUAUGAGGAUGACUUUGAAAAAGACCUUGAAUGGCUAAUUAAUGAAGAAGAAAAAGAAAACCUUAGUGAAAGAGAGAAUCCUGAACAAAAUCAAGAGGAUAUUGAAGCACAAAUUGUUAAAGUUGUGGACAAGUUUGAGGAAGACAAUGAGGAAAUGGAAGAAAAUCCCGAUCGGCUUUCAGAGGCAGAUGUAGAUGUGAAAGUGAGACCCUCCAACGAACAGAGUUUGGAAUGCAGCUCUGAUAUGAGACAGGGGGACCAUGUAUCUGAUACUGAUAGUGAAAGCUCUACACAAGAAUCCAAGCUGGAAAACCAGCAGGAACUGGAUGAAGAAGAGGAUGAAGAAAUAAAGCGUUACAUCUUGGAAAAGAUUGAAGAAGCCAACAAACUGCUGGAGAAUCAGGCUCCUGUGGAUCAGAACAGAGAACGGAAAUUAAAAUUUAAGGAUAAGUUGGUGGAUCUUGAAGUUCCGCCUCUAGAAGAUGCUGAAGUUUGUAAAACUGACCUUGCAACAGGAGAUGAUGUUUCAGAUAGGCUAUCUCAGUUGCGUAUUUGUAAUGAAAUGGGACAGGAAAACACAUCACUUUCACCAUGUGCCGGCAAGGAUGAGGAAAAGAAGGACAGUAAAAUCCUAGUAGAAAAAGAUGGGAAGUUUGAACUCUUAAGUUUACGUGAUAUUGAAAGCCAGGGCUUUUUGCCCCCUAUAAGUGUUUCUUUUACUGAUAUUGAAACUCAACGUAUGUCUCCAAAAUCUUCACGCUAUGGUCCUUUGGGCACUGUCUGUGGAAUGAAGGAAGUAUCUCCAGUAAGACCAGGAGCGCAUUCUUUUUCUCCUGGCGGAGAAGAGUGCGUGUAUUUCCCCAAGCCUCCAUCUAACCCUAAGCGUCGUCCAAAUUCUGCUAUCAAUGCUGCAAGAGGUCUGGGAAAACGGAAGACUACGCAGAGAGCACAGUCUGCAAACAUGCCCGUGAGAAGCUCCACUUACUGUCUUUCUCCCAGACAAAAAGAAUUGCGGAAGCAGUUAGAACAAAGGAAGGAAAAACUGAGGAAAGAGGAAGAAGAAAGGAAAAGGGAACAAGAAGAACAGAAGAGAAGAGAGAAUGAGAUGGUUUUUAAAGCUUGGUUACAGAAGAAGAAAGAACAAGUGCAAGAAGAAAAGCGAAUUCGUCGUGCAAAGGAACUAGAAGACUUGAACAGCAAAGAGAGGAGCAGGAAUCCAGAAGAAGCCUUCAAGUUAUGGCUUAAAAAAAAGCACCAAGAACACAUGAAAGAAAAACAGAUAGAAAUAUUGAAACGCCAAGCUGAGGGAAUUGCCUUUUUUCCAAGAACUGAGGAAUGCAACAGAGCCUUUAAAGAAUGGCUAAAAAGAAAGAGAGAAGAAAAACGAGCAGAAGAACUAGCUGCUAAAGAGAGAGCAAGGCAGCUUAGACUAGAAGCCAGACGAGCAAAACAGAUGCAAAACAUCCACUGCAUUAGUUCAGAGCUUAAAUCCUUUCGUUUCACAGACCACUACAGUUGAAGGUUUGAUGUAACCACAGUGUUCUUGGUAUCAGCCCUCUUCAUUUUUAGGGCUUGAGCUUUUGCUCUUUACAGCUAGUGUGUGUGUGUAGUGUUUUUAAAGCUUUCAAGCAAGUUUAAUAAUUACCUUCACUGACAAGGAUUUUACUAUCUAUUUAUUUGUACUUCUGUUGAAAAGCCUGCUUUUAUGUCUAACUCAGGGAUUUUCUUGGUUUGACUAAACCUAAAUGAACGUGAGAUCUAUACACGAGGGUAACAAAUACACAUUCCUGUCUAUAAAAGGCACUUUAUACUCGACUCUACCAUGAAUUCCUGGAUGCAGGCUAUUAUGUAAAAUGUUGAAUUAUUGCUGGAUUAAUAGUGCUGUUCAUUGCUGCUUGUGACAAAGACUGUAAAAGGUGUUGUGUUGUUGGAAAAUGCUGUUUCUUAUACCACUUUCUAUUGAUCUGUUGACCAGCUGUUAAUUCUGGCUAGACCGGAGGACUCAUUUUAGUUCAGGGCAAGUGGUCAUUGAAAGCUAACAUGUAUGUGAAUGUGCAAGUUUUUGAACCUUAUUUCAGUAGUUUUCUAUGCCAUUAAAUUAAAAGGUUGUGUGAAUUAUGACCUUUGCCAAUAUCAAGGAAGCUGGAUUCUUGUAUACAUGUCCAUGUUUGCUAAAUUAUAAUAAACUACAUCACUGUA